AUGGCUCCCCCGUUGAGCAAGGAGGUCAUUACGGACAGUGAUAGUAGUGGUGACGAUUCCCCAUCCUACCCUGAACGAGAACCGCAGAAGACCAAGUCCUCCAGCCGAAAACCCACUGAGAAGGUAAAAUCAAAAAAUCACCCCGCAACGGAAUCGAAGCAAGAACUUGAUCCGGAACCAAGCUCUUCAAGUUCAGACUCAGAGGUUGAAAAUGAAAGUGACAGCUUAUCCGAAGGAAGAUCCAGCACGCCUUCGAUGGGAUCUGCUGCACCAAUACAAAUUCCUGCGCAAGAAUUCAAACCACCGGAAGGAUUUAAACUAAUACCAACAACUACUCCGCGAUCGUCGGAUAUUUCAAAAGUGUUCUCGGAUCUGCGAAGGAAACGGAUAUGGCACAUUACCGCGCCGGCGUCAGUGCCAAUGAACUCUAUACAAGAACUUGCGCUUGAUACUGUAGCUACGGGGGGCUCUAUAUUGACACACAAGGGUGUAAAUUACCAACUCCGGGAGGACCAGGUUGAAGCAAAGAAAAACAAGUCGCUUCUACUUCCUGAUGAACGGGGCAAUGUCUACUUCCGAAGCCGCGUGGAUGUCGCACAAACCUUUCAUCUGGAGCGGAUCAUUAGCUUGGAAAACGGGACUACAUAUUCGGAGCAAUCUGUUCCAAUAAGUGAAUUAACAAAGCCGAAACAACAACAGCCCAGAAAUCUCAAAAUGCGAUACAAACCAAUUGGUUUGACAGACGAUCUGCCCGAAACAUUUGGAUCCGGCUCGGACGAGUCAGAUGGGGCCUCAUUCCGAAUGCCUCAGCCACUUUCUCAGGACCGGGAAGGCAAAAGGAGGAGGAAAUCAUCGAUGGAAAUAGGGUCUAGCAAUGAGCAGGUGGAGCGACGCAAAAAACAUAAACGGAUUCAUUCCAAUUCAGUUGAUGACAGUACCGACAUACAUUCGAGAAAUGGAGAAGUGAAGCCGUCUCCGAAAUCGAAAGAAACCAAAGAUACAAAAAUUACGCGGGGGAAGUCGGAUAAGCGACAUGGGGACAAACGGAGCAAGAAGCACAGGGACGAAACCAGCCAGGAACGGAGAGCACGGAGGGAAGAAAGGAAGCGGAAAACGCAGGCCCUGGCAUCAUGA